AUGCCAUUUAAAAACCUAUUUAGCUCUCUGUCGACGUCACUUACAGAUGAUCAGAAAUCAACAUCAUCUUCGAGCCAUAGAUCGUUGUUGAGAAAACAACAGCCUUCGUCGAGGCUGGUAUCACCACUGCUACUGCUGCUGAAAUCUGAAACCUCAAUUUUGAGGAGCAAUCAACAGCAUCAACCACUGCAAAUGAGUAAUGCAGCUAGACAAGGUCCAAACCAAGGACAAUUCCAACACUACCAGCAGCAGAAUCAACAACAACAGCAACAACAACAACAACAACAACAACAACAACAACAACAACAACAACAACAACAACAACAACAACAACAACAUCAACAACAACAACAUCAACAACAACAAUCCAAUCAUGCUCCGCAUCAUACCAGCACAAACUCAACAGUUAUUCGCAAUAAUGGGUCAUCGGCAUCCUUAAACCACAACAUCAACCAAAACAAUAGUAAUUCUCCAUCGGCAAGUAUUGUAUCGGAAAAAGAACACAAGCACCAUAGUCCACUUAGAAGAUUUCUCAAAAAACUCAAACCACUGGAAAGUAGGUCGAAACACACGUCCAAAUUGGGUAAGCCAGAACCGAUACAUCCCAAGGCUGACAUCUUUAAAAAAUAUGGUCAACCAGGUAAAUUGUUAGGGACGGGCGCAAGUGGUUCAGUCAAUUUACUCACGUCCAAGACAGAUCCGCUGAAAAUAUAUGCUGUUAAAAAGUUUAGAAGUCGAUUACCCGCAGAACAAGAAGCUGAUUACAAGACAAAAGUGCUUAAUGAGUAUAAAGUUGGCGAGUUUCUUACACACCAGAACUUGAUUCACACGUUUGAACUUUUGGAGGAUUACUCACAUACAAAUUCCAAAAUCGUGGACCCUGAUUAUUUUAUUGUUAUGGAGUAUUGUCCAUAUGACUUUUUCAAUCUCGUAAUGAGUGGGUUAAUGGAACUCAAUGAAGUCUCAUGUUAUUUCAAACAGAUUGUUAAUGGUGUUCAUUUCUUGCACGAGAACGGUUUAGCCCAUCGCGAUUUGAAACUAGACAAUUGUGUUGUUAGCAAUACUGGUAUCCUCAAAUUGAUCGAUUUCGGCUCAGCAGUACAGUUUAGAAAGGAAGUGCCACUGGGAUAUUUUGUCACCGAGGAUGAUAUUAUGUUGAGUCCCAAACAUAAACUCAUUAAGGCUAGAGGCGUUGUUGGCUCGGACCCUUACUUAUCACCCGAAGUCUUGGAGCCAGUGGGAACAGGCUACGACCCAAGAACCGCCGACGUGUGGUCAGUUGCAAUCAUUUACUGUUGCAUGAUUCUCAAGAGAUUUCCUUGGAAAUUGCCAAAAUUGAGUGACCCUUCAUAUCGCUCAUUUGCAGGACCGCAACUUGUCAACCCACAAAAUGGAACAUCGUCAAUUGAGGACGGUAUGAACAAUAUGAAUUUGGGUGAGCACAGUGGUAAUGGUAAUGGUAAUGGUAAUAGUAUUGGCCACGGUCGUCAUAAUCACCAUGCAAAUAUUGGGCCCGAUAGGUUACUAAGAUUACUUCCCCACGAUUCACGCACAGUAAUUAAGCACAUGUUGACAUUAGAUCCGAAAAAGAGAUAUCUUAUGCCCGACGUAAUAAAAGAUUCAUGGGUGCAAUCAGUUCACGAAUGUAAAAUCAUCGGUCAGCCUGGAGUUGACGAACACACUAUAAGCAGUGAAAACCACCAACAUCAUUUGGUGACUGAAGAUGACUUGAAAAAGAUUAGUCAAGAAAAGGAAUCCAUGAGAAAGUUGAAAGAACAAGGAUUAGCCUAA